AUGUCCCGCCGGGCGUUCACCACGAGCUCAACUUACACGCUGGCCCAUACAGCACAAUGUAAACUAAAGCUAGCGGCCAACCGACCUGAUCGGAAUCUUCGGUUCGUGCUCGGCCACGCGUUCACGCUCGACAAUUUGAUGCUUCGGAUAGUGGAGAUCGAGAACAAGAGCGCCAAGUCGCUGUUCGAGGAGGGCAAGGCACCCAGUAAUCACGGCGCAGACGAGCACUACGACUGCACGGCAGCAACUCCGGUGGCGGCAGAGCCCGACCCUCAUUACGACUGUGCCGCUGCACAACCCGACCCGGCGAAACCAGCCGGCGACGAUAGAAGGGGCCGGAGGAUAAGUUUCCAGGAUAACAAUGCUCGGCCUUCCAGCAUCGGGACGGCGGGCGUGGCGUUGUCAAAUACCAACGGGAAUGGCACGUCAUCGCCGGCGCGGAGACGGUCUCCUCCGCCGGUGUCCAUUUCACCAUCAAAAUACCUCUCCGACGGCGACGAGGAUGAUGAUACCUCGUCAGAUGACUACGAUGACCCGGAGAGUUAUCUGUAUAACUGUGAAGCCGGAGUCCCGGAAGCGGAGAAACCAGCAGUGAGGCGGCGGCCAGUGCACGAUGCGUAUUCCGACGAAGAGGAUGCAGCGCUGGACUUGGCCGACGACGAAUUGGACGACGACCUGGGUGGCCUCUCGCUGACACGCUUCCAAAGUGCAUCAGCGCAACCUCCACGGAUGGUUCGCUCGGAUUCUUCGAGCUCCGAAGAAGACCUGGGAGAUGAGCCGGUGACGCCGCCUCAACUGCCCGCCGAUGUGGAUGUUCGUGAUAUCAUCGGUGGCGAGAAAGACGACGAGCUGGAGGGUCUGUAUGAAAGUGUGAGGAGGUGUGGUUGUCAUGGGCACCGCGGGGACCCGGAUCUGGGACGCAAGGCGCAUGGGGUGUGGGACAUACCAGUAGAAAAAGCAGGUGGGAAACACUUGGCCGUCGUGGCUGUCGCGGGCUGA